AUCGCUAAUCUAUUUGUAAAAAGAAAAUCCACCGAUAAGGUUAUGUUUCAAAUCCUUAAUUUUUUGUUUCAUCUCGUGUGUAUAGAAAAAUCAGAUUAAAAAAUAGCAUUCUAAAAAUCAUUUUCUAAUUUUAAAUCCUCACUCUACAUGAAAUAAAAAAGAGAACACAAAUUCAAUAAAUAUAAAAAAAGUGUAAAACAAAGUAUACGUGUGUAUAUGCUAAUGGCAAUGGUAAUGGCUUUGUGAGUUUCUCUUUCAAUCUCCCUCUUCCUUGCUUUUCUCUCUUCCGAUCGCAUUUCUCAACAACAAUCAUCGUUUCCAAUUCCACGUUCUAAUGGCGAAUAGUGACGCUUGUUGUUCAACUCAGCUUAUUGAUGGAGAUGGCGUAUUCAAUGCUUCUGGAAUUGACAAGUUUAUGAAGGAAGUUAAACUGAGUGAAUGCGGACUUUCAUAUGCUGUAGUUUCUAUUAUGGGGCCACAGAGUAGUGGCAAGAGCACACUAUUAAAUAAUUUGUUUAGUACCAAUUUCAGAGAGAUGGAUGCUUUUAAGGGAAGGUCUCAAACAACCAAAGGAAUCUGGAUGGCUAGAUGUGCUGGCAUAGAGCCUUGUACGAUUGUGAUGGAUUUGGAGGGUACAGAUGGAAGAGAACGUGGAGAGGAUGAUACUGCAUUCGAAAAGCAGAGUGCUCUGUUUGCUCUUGCUGUCUCAGAUAUAGUGCUGAUAAACAUGUGGUGCCAUGAUAUUGGCCGUGAGCAAGCUGCAAAUAAGCCUCUUUUGAAAACUGUCUUUCAGGUUAUGAUGAGAUUGUUUAGUCCACGCAAAACAACAAUGUUAUUUGUCAUACGUGAUAAAACAAGGACACCACUUGAAAACUUAGAACCUGUUUUGCGAGAAGAUAUUCAGAAGAUAUGGGACUCUGUUCCUAAACCACAGGCCCACAAGGACACCCCGCUAAGUGAAUUUUUCAAUGUUCAAGUUGUUGCGCUUUCUAGUUUUGAAGAAAAGGAAGAGCAAUUUAGGGAGCAGGUUGCUAGCUUGAGGCAGCGUUUUCAUCAGUCUAUUGCUCCUGGUGGACUUGCAGGGGAUCGGCGUGGAGUAGUUCCUGCUUCUGGAUUUUCGUUUAGUGCUCAGGAAAUAUGGAAAGUCAUCAAGGAAAACAAAGAUCUCGACCUUCCUGCACAUAAGGUUAUGGUUGCCACUGUACGGUGUGAAGAAAUUGCGAAUGAGAAAUAUGCUGCUUUUGUUGAAAAUGAGGAAUGGAGUCAAUUGGAAGAGACUGUUCAAUCCGAACCUGUUUCUGGAUUUGGGAAAAAGAUUAAUUCACUCCUUCAUGCUUGUUUUUCAGAGUAUGAUGCCGAAGCCACUUAUUUUGAUGAAGGUGUGAGAACUGCAAAACAAAAGCAACUUCAAGAAAAAUUGUUGCAACUUAUCCAACCAGCGUACCAAUCUGCACUUGGACAUGUUAGAUCUGGAACUUUGGACAGAUUCAAGGAGGCAUUUGAAAAGGCUCUGAAAGGAGGGGGAAGGUUUUCUGAAGCUGCUAAUAAUUGCGUUGAGUCUUGUGUGGCUCAAUUUGAUGAAAAAUGUGCAGAUGUUGUUAUUGAACUAGCAAAUUGGGAUACAUCUAAAGUACGAGAGAAACUGUUGCGUGAUAUUGAUGCACAUGUUGCAUCUGUGCGUGAAGCUAAGAUUUCUGAACUUACUUCUUCAUAUGAGGAAAAACUGAAACUAUCUUUGUCUGGACCUGUCGAAGCUCUUUUGGAUGGAGCUAAUAGUGAUACUUGGCCAUCAGUAAGGAGCCUUCUUAAGCGUGAGAUGCAAUCAGCAGUUUUAGGGUAUUCUACUGCGCUUAAUGGGUUUGAUAUGGAUGAAGAAACAAGACAAAACAUGAUUUCGAGUUUAGAGGAUUUUGCAAGGGGUGUGGUAGAAGGAAAGGCUAGGGAAGAAGCUGGAAGGGUUUUGAUCCGUAUGAAAGACAGGUUUACAAUGUUAUUUAGCCAUGAUUCUGAUUCAAUGCCUCGUGUUUGGACGGGGAAAGAAGAUAUUCGAUCCAUCACUAAAACUGCUCGCUCUGCUUCUUUGAAGUUGCUAGCUGUUAUGGCUGCAAUUCGUUUGGAUGAUGGUGAUAAAGAUAAUAUUGAGAAAACAUUAGCAGUUGCUUUGCUGGAUACAUCAGGCAAUCCUAUUAGGAGUAUCACAGUGGCUGAUCCGCUAGCUACUAGCAGUUGGGAAAAGAUUCCAGCAUCUAAGACAUUGAUUACACCUGUCCAAUGCAAAUCGCUGUGGAGGCAAUUCAAGAUGGAGACAGAGUACAGUGUUUCUCAAGCCAUUUCUGCACAGGAGGCCAACAAGCGUAAUAACAACUGGUUACCUCCCCCAUGGGCAAUACUUGCUUUGGUUAUUCUGGGAUUCAAUGAAUUUAUGACUCUUCUGAAAAAUCCCUUGUAUUUGGGUGUCAUCUUUGUUAUUUUUCUUCUCCUUAAAGCCCUGUGGGUGCAACUUGACAUCGCCGGUGAAUUUCGCCAUGGAGUAGUUCCAGGACUCAUUUCCUUGUCCACCAAGUUUGUUCCAACUAUCAUGAACCUUAUCAAAAGACUAGCAGAGGAGGGUGCCGGUGCCGGUGCCGGUGCCCCUGCUGCUAAUGAAAAUCCUCAGAGAAGCUCAUCAAAAAGCAACUCCAAUGCUGUUCCUGUUGGUAGUUCUGUUUCAUCUAGUUCUUCAUCUAACGUAACUUCAUUGGAUAACGGAAAACGACAUACCAGUUCAUCAAAAGAUGAGUAAAGUGAAGAAAACCAAUCUUUAACAAAUAGCAAUUUUACGAAGAUGGCGGUCGUGUGUGCUGGCUGCAUGAUGAGUUUUUACUUUGAUAUUAAUUUUAUAACUUGUGAGCUUUCAAAACAUUCAAAGGCAUUAUUUUUUUUUGUGGAAGUGGCAUAUAUAGGGGGCAGUGUUUUUUUUUUUUGAGGUAUAGUCUCCCCCUUGAAAUAGGUAUCUUUUACAAUUUGGGUGCUUCAAUUAGUUAUAGAAGUUAGCUUAUUUUUUAUUUUUAUAUUGUAUGUUAUGGAUAUAUCCUGGUUUUGCAAUCAAUUUUGUUUGUAAUUUCA